GGUUGUUCCCGGUUGCUGCUGGGGGCGGGGUCUGCACAGAGAAGAACACGGAUGUGACUUUCUCCCGGACAGAACAGAUAAUACCUAUACCUGCCUCUCUUCCGGUCCUGCUUGUGUGAGACGUAGAGCAUUAUGAACAAGCAACAGUCUUGACGAUGAUACAGCCUGUUGGAAUAUUCAGGCAAAGCCUGUGAGAAGGAUUCAAAAGAAAAUAGCCAUAGCUUUGGGAAAAAAAGAACUUACAGAUUUAAUGACGACAUCCAAGACUGCUGUCAAAUCGAGACUAUUACAGAAAGGAUUUUUAGUAAAAAUGGUGCGUCCAUGUGAUAAAACUCCUGAGACGUACAACUGAGGAACUCCAACUGAAGGACUUGAUAUGUACAGUGAUAUUUAAAACAUUCAAGAUUAACAAGUAAGUUAAGGCCAAAUGUGACCUGUAACAGAAAAAUGUAUGAGUGUCUUAAAUGUGGGAAAUGCUUCAUUGGCAAAUCAAGCUACACUGUGCACCAAAGAACCCAUACUGGAGAAAAGCCUUUUGUUUGUAUUGAAUGUGGAAAAUGUUUUCUUACUGGAUCAAACCUUACGACACAUAAAAGAGUUCACACAGGAGAAAAACCGUAUAAAUGUACAGAGUGUGGGAAGAGCUUUAAUCAGAGCUCAAAACUUGUGAAACACAGACGUAUUCACACAGGAGAGAAACCUUACGCAUGUUCUUAUUGUGGGAAGCAAUUUAGCUUGAGUUCUAAUCUUGCUGUACAUUUUCGAACUCACACAGGAGAGAAACCGUAUGAAUGUGAAGAAUGCGGAAAAUGCUUCAACCAAAGUUCAAUUCUUCUCGUCCACAAAAGAAUUCACGAAAGAGAAAAGAAAAAUAACAGUCUUGCAGAACCACGAUUAAAAGAAAAAGAGAAAAACGUAAGGAUGACACAGCAGACUAUCAAGCAAGAGACUAAUGAUUCAGCUAAAGUUAUUAGUUAUGAAAAAUUACCAAGCCUCUCUAAUAUGAACAUCAAAUAUGAUGAGGACUUUGCUAAUGUGAAUAGUAAAAAAAAGAGUAAUUUUGCAAAGGGAAAACGAACACCAUACAUAUGUUCUGACUGUGGGAAAAGUUUUCCUGGCAAAUCAAGAUACCUAAUUCAUCAAAGGACCCACACUGGGGAGAAGCCAUUCAUUUGCACUGACUGCGGGAAACGCUUCGUAACAAAGUCAAAUCUUAUUACGCACCAGAGAACUCACACUGGGGAGAAGCCAUAUAUGUGCACAGAGUGUGGCAAGAGCUUUAGUCAGAGCUCAAAGCUGGCAAAGCACUUUAGGAUACACACAGGGGAAAAACCGUAUUCAUGUCCAGACUGUGGCAAAUGUUUUAGCCUAAGUUCUAAUCUUGUUGUCCACCAGAGAACUCACACUGGUGAAAAACCGUACACAUGUGAUGUAUGUGGUAAAAGAUUUAAUCAAAGCUCAGUGCUUAGUAUACAUAGAAGGAUUCACUCCAGGGAAAUACCAUAUUCAUGUGCAGGUUGUGGAUUAAAAUGUAAAGAUCGUGCCCAGCUAAUCAAUCAUCAGAGAAGUCAUACUGGCAAUUAGAGAUGUUGAUCCAGUUUGUAAUCACUAAUUAGUUCAUUAUUGUAAAUAAAACCUUGUAUUGGACGUUCAGUGUUUAUUUUGCUGUAAAGAGUGGCUGUAGUUCUGCACACUAAUCUACUGCAAAUUGCUGUAUACUGCCACACCUCUCUACAUAUAUGCUAACAGACACACUGAAUUCUUUAAAAAAUAUAUUUUGAAUGUAGAACUUUCAAAACUCAUGUUUGAAUAAAAUGUUAAAGCUAUACAGUAUUGGCUGAUAAGGAGAACUGCCUACAUUACUAGUAAAGAGGGACACACCAAUACAAGUGACAGAAAAUAUUGUUUUUUUUGCAGGACCGGAGUCAUACAUACAACCUAAGAGUGUUUUUAACUUGGUACUUUUCCUAUUUUAUUGUGUGUAUUUGUGUAUAGUUAUAUUUUAAUUUCUUGAGCUAAACCCUUUACUUUAGGUUUAAUGCGCUCCUGUAUAUCUAUCUUAGCAUCACUGGCUACAAAGUUAAGCCAUUAAAGGGCCAUAAUACCCAAAUGUUUAAACACUUGAAAGUGAUGCAGUAUAGCUGUAAAAAGCUGACUAGAAAAUAUCACCUGACCACCUCUAUGUAAAAAAGAAAGCUAUUUUACCUCAAAAGUUUCUCAGUAGCCACAUCCCAUUGUAAAGGACUUUUAAGCAGCAAAUCAGUAUGUCUGUCCCGGGACAGCGGAAGGAACGAGCUUUCAUGCACACUCAUCUUAUUUCCCUAUUCCGUGUAAGGAAGUUUACUAUGAAAUCUCAUGAGAAUUAAGUCAAAUCUCUGAGAUCACAGUAAAAGCGUUCAUGACCUCAGCACUGUUGAUGCUGAUUGGCUGCUGUUCAUUUCUUCAAUUUUUUUUUUACCUGCAGCUGAGCAGCAGCUGAGUAUAACUUUUUACACAGAACUUACUCUGCUGAGCUGAGAAGAUUGUGAGGUAAAAUAUCUUCCUUUUUACAUAGAGAUGCUCAGGUGAUAUUUUCCUGUCUGCUUUUUGCAAUUAUACUGCAUCAGUUUCAAGUGAUUUAGCAUAUGAGUAUUAUGUCCCUUUAACUAACUGAUACCCUCUAUUAACCCCUUGAGUGCUACCCAUGUAGUCUUUUUUUCAAAAGUUGGUUUCUUUACCUCUCUUGAAUAUUCCUGUGAAUACAUACAACCUUGUAUAUUGUUUAAAUGGAAAAAAAUGUGUAUCCCCUGUUAAUUAUUGUUAAAUAUUUUUUUUAUCUACAAAUUAAAUGGGUUUUCAAAAUCA